AUGCCAUUAUUUGAUACAUUCUAUCAUACAUACAAACAUAACUGGUCAGAUAUUUCUCUAGCCAGUUGGAGAAAAUAUCCAUCCCCAGACAAUCCAGAUGUACUUAGUGUCGAUAUGAUAUCAAAGGAGUUGGAUCCUAUUACAGGUGUACUCACAUGUCGCAGGCUAGUAAUAUGCAAGAGUUCAACUCCUGCUUGGAUGCAAUCUAUAUUUGGAGCUUCAGAAUGUUUCUUUAUUGAGGAAUCCACUGUCGAUCCGAAGACUCAGACAAUGACUCUGAGGACUAAGAAUCUAUCCUUCACAAAUAUCAUGGGUGUCGAGGAGGUUUGCACGUAUACACCUGACCCAGACAAUGCAGAUUGGACUCAGUUCAAACAAGAAGCAAAGGUCACUGCCAAUGUGUUUGGUGUAGCCAGCAGCAUUGAACGCUUUUGCAUCGAUCGAUUCAAAACUAAUGCUCAAAGAGGAAGGAAUAUCAUGGAAAGUGCCAUUCUAAAGGUGAAGUUGGAGGCAGAGGAGACUGUACAGUCUAUCGAUAAGCUGAUCACAACGGCCAAGAAAGAGGCAGAGGGCAGUUUACUGCAGAUAGAGACAAUACUGAAGGCCAAGGAGACAGCACUGGAAGAGACUUUGAGCGAAUUGGAAAAGGAUCUGAAAGGUCUAAAAGGAGGUGGAUCUAGACUGAGAUAUUCAUAUUCACACAUAAAUAAUACGAAG